UUUGGCACUUAUUACUUCUUUCUCUCGUGUUUGUGUGUUUUGAUAUCUUGCUUGUCUAUACUUGUUUAUGUGACCCGAGUAUUGACUUGUGCUUGCAGGUUUGCCGUAUUUUGUUAAGGAUCCUUGGAAGAAGAUGUCUAACGACUCUUUUGCUGUGGCUUUAAGGAACUUGGGGGGAACUCACACAAUCCCAAAGCCUGCUGCCAAGUCCAAAUCUGGGUCAGGGAAAAAUGAUGAAUCCGGGUCCUCCCAGCAAGGAGCGGCUGGUGGAGAGUCAAGUGUUGCCGUGGAAAAAGUUGCCCUCGGGAUGACUGCCGAGGUUCAGGAGUCUGGCAGCCCGGAUCUUGUUACCCGGGGGACGAAGAGGAAACAGCCCUCGGCGAGGAAGGCUCCUGCGAAGAUUCCUAAGUCCAAAUCCGAUCAGGGCAAAGAGAUAAUGGUGGGGUCCGAGUCUGACUCCGAUGAGAGUGAGGAUCCGGAGAGGGAAGAUACCCGGGUUGUUCUCGGUGCUGGCAAGUACUCAGCAAGGGAGAUAAUCAAGUUGAUGUCUGGUAUCCCAACUGAUGAGGAUUGGGUGAAGAUGGAUGACACCGGAUUGGUUAAUACCUUCAGAGAGAUUGGGAGUCUUUGGGGCCAGCUUGGAGCUCGGUUGGCCGGGUUCAACACUAUGGCUUUUGAGGUUAUCAAGUCGGAGAGGGACACUGCUGACGCAUGCGGCGAGAGGACCCGGAAGGCCGAGUCGAGCUUAGCUCAGGAGAAGUCGGAGAGGGAGAAGCUGGAAUCUGAGCUGGAAAGGCGGGUGAAGGAGGCCGAGACCCGGAUGCAGGCCGCGUGGAAGGAGAAAGUGGACGAUGCUGAGGCCCGGGCUGUUGAUGCCGAAAAGAAAGCGUCCGGGUUCGAGGAGGAUGUGGGCGUCCUGAAGAGAACCCUAGAGGAGAGGAAAGAGGCUGGGGUUGUCAUUGCCGAGUUUCAGAAGUCGACAGCGUAUGCCGAUGCUCUUAAUCAUGCUGCGGCAGCGGAGGUGGUCCGGUGUUGGCAUGUGGCUGAGCGGCAUAUUAAAUCCGAUCCGGGGGCUAAUCUUCAGAGUUUCAUAGAGGCGUACCUUGCCGCUAAGGACAACAUCAAAGCCGGGAAGGGGGAACCUGAACCUUACGAAGGUCCUUCUCCGAGUUUUAUUGUUCCUGCCAACCCGGGUAACCAUGUUGUUCUGACUACUUCGGAUGUGCCCGUUGAUCCGGAUUCUCAAGCCAACAACUCUUCAGCGAACGAUCCUCCUGUCCUCUAGCUUUUAUUUCCUUUGAUUCUGAACAUGUUGUCCGAAACAAUCUUUUGUGACUCUGAAUUAGUUUUUGCCGGAUUUGAAUAUUUAUCCGAGGUCCGUGUGGACCCGGGAUGUGGAUGCUUGCUUUGCUGCUUUUUAUCAAAUAUUUUCCUGUCA